AUUUAUGUAAACGUGCAAGUGUGCUUACAUCAGCGCGAGUGACGAAACACCGGAAAAAAACAAAAAUAAUUUAAUAAAUUAAAUAGCCAUGUCGAUGUUGUUGAUCGGUUUAAGUUUAAUAUGUGCUAUAAAUGUUCAAGCAUUCGAUCCGUUUUCAAUCUCUGCAGCGUUAAGCGCUAUUGAUUAUUCUACAAUGAAGAAAUACACCUUCUGUAAAUUUAAAGAAUGUUGCCAAGAGCCGUAUUUAAUUAGCGAAGUAAACAGUCUUAAAAAGGAAUUGACAGAAAAUCUUUACGGACAGCAUAUUGUAGUUGAUACGUUGGUAAAUGCAAUUGGGUCUCAUCUGCGAAACCAAGAGAGCUCCAGAAAACCUCUAGUAAUGAGCUUCCAUGGCCCUGCAGGAACUGGUAAAAAUUAUGUUUCGGAUUUCAUCGUCGGGGCUCUCUAUUCCAAAGGAUUCGAGAGUAAAUUCGUUCAUAAAUUCAACGCCUUUGAUGAACAGAUUAUAAAUCUCAGAUUACAUCAUUCUAUUAAAGACGCGAUAUACCAGUGCCCUAAUUCUUUGUUUAUCUUCGAUGAAGUUGAAAAAAUGCCCGAAGGUAUAUUUGAUUCUUUAGUGUCUUUACUGGACUCUCAUGCGUUCUAUAAACAACACGAUUUUACAAAGGCUAUUUUCAUAUUUCUUUCGAACAGUGGAGGUGCCGAGAUUUCCCAGAAACUAAAAUCUUUAGUGGAAAAAGGUCAAUGGAGGGAUAAUACAAAGUUGCCGGAUUUUGAACGUAUCGUUGAAAUGAGCGCAUACAACAUGAUUGGGGGAAUGCAUCGUGCCCGUAUCAUAGAAGCGCACGUAAUAGAUCAUUUUAUACCUUUUUUACCACUGGAAUCAAGGCAUGUCGAAAUGUGUAUAAAAAAAGAAUUUCUCAAGUAUUGUAGAGCAAACCCAUCCAGUGAAGCCGUAAGUUCGCUGUUGAAAGCGAUCAUGACGCUCGACGAUACUGGAAUGUUUUCUAAUAAUGGAUGCAAAAGGAUAAGCAAAAAAGUUGAGGCGUAUUGUUAUAAUCAUUAAAAUUCAUUUAAUACAA